AUGCAGAUUUUGAAACCAGGAAUUGAAAAACACCUUAACGAAGAUAAUGUUUGGUGCAUUACGACUCAAAACACCUCCUAUAUUAUAGGCGUUGAUAAGAAAACCGGAGUUAUAUUAAACCUGUAUUGGGGUCCUAGACUCGCGACUUUUGCUGAUAUUGACCUUCCCAUCACGGUUGCUGAUGAAAGAAGCUCUCAGGAUCCAGCAAUCACAUCUGCUGCAGAAGAGUUCCCUGUAUUUGGAGGUUUACGUUAUGGGCUUGACACCUUGCGUGUUAAAUUUGAAAAUGGGACACGUGAAGUAGAUCUCAGAUACUAUGGUUUCCGCCAAGAAGGUCGGCAAAAGCUCACCCUUAUAAUGACGGACAGAAAACAUCAAAAUUUAGAGGUUCAAUUAUACUACACUCUGGAUGUCAACAACGAUUUAAUUAUACGUCAUUCAGCUAUAGUCACCACCGAUUCUACUGAAUCAUAUUAUAUAUCAAAGGCAUUAACGGGGGCAUGGCACAUACCUCCACCAGCCAGUAACUGCAACCGUGAAUUGAUUACAUUAGCAGGUGCCUGGUCUGCAGAAACACAAGUUCAAAAGCACACUUUGAAGUCUGGAACAACGCAUGUACUCGAAUCUACACGCGGGAUUCCAUCAGCACAAUGUUAUCCUUAUUUUGCUAUCAAGGAUCAAAACAAAGAUGGAGAGCAUGCAGAUUGUGAAGUUUAUUUUGGUACCUUGGGUUGGAGUGGAAGUUGGAAAAUCGAAAUAAAAACGGAUAUAGAAGGAAAGGUGACAGUAACAGGAGGAAUGCACAAUCGAGAUUUCAGUCGUUCUUUAAAAGGUGUAACAUUUGAUUUGCCCGUUUUUGUUGCAGGUUAUACAUCAGAAGGAUUAUCAGGAGCUCGACGAUCAUUAACAAACCAUAUCAGAGAUAAUAAAAGUGAAAAACUCAUUGCUAACCCGAAAGCUAAUAUGCCCGUACUCUAUAAUGGUUGGGAGGCAUAUGGAUUUGACAUUAAUCUGGAAAAUCAAAAAAAAAUUGCUAAAGAAGCAGCUGAUCUUGGAGCAGAAUUAUUUGUAUUAGACGACGGAUGGUUCAGUGGAAGAAGUUCAGAUCAUGCAGGCUUAGGAGACUGGUUCGCUGAUGCACAAAAGUUUCCAAAUGGUUUGAAGCCUUUGGUUGAUUACGUUCAUAAGUUAGGCUUGAAGUUUGGUUUAUGGUUCGAGCCUGAGAUGGUGAAUCCUGACUCCAACCUCUACCGUGAGCAUCCUGAUUGGGUUUAUCAUUAUCCUGAUCGUCCACGUCAUCAAGAAAGAAAUCAGCUCGUUUUGAAUAUUUGUAUGCCUGAAGUUAGAAAGUAUCUUCUAGAUCGGAUUAUCACACUGGUAAAUGCACUAGGUGUUGAUUAUAUCAAAUGGGAUAUGAACAGACCUAUCUCCGAAGCGGGAUCCUCGUUCAACGAAAGCGUUUGGACUGAACAUGUCAACGCGUUUCACCUAAUGGUGAUGAAGGUCAAGUUAUCGUGCAACUUAGUACAGAUUGAAACAUGCUGCAGUGGAGGUGGCAGAGCUGAUAUGUCUAUUCUUAGAAAAGUCGAGACAUGUUGGCCCAGUGAUAACACACGGCCCGACGCUCGUUUAAUAAUACAAUAUGGCGCUUCUUUUGUUAUUCCACCAAAUUCCAUGAGUUGCUGGGUGACAGACAUGCCAAAUAGUGACGGGUAUAAAAUGUUUCCUAUCUCAUACCGAUUCCAUGUAUCGUUCAUGGGCACACUAGGCAUUGGAUCUAACCUGAAUAGCCUGACUCCAACAGAAAAGGAAGAAUAUAAAGGAUGGAUAUCGCUGUAUAAGUCACUACAGCAUAUUCUACAAUUUGGUGACCUAGACUGGUUGGUUGUUCCUACCUCUGAACCAUCGUCUUAUACCGCUGUUACUCAAACUAAUCUUACAAAUGGAAACGAGGCUGUUGUGCUGGCCUUCAGGCAAAACAACCCCUUUUGGCUCCCUUUGCGUCCCAUUCGCUUACGUCGUUUAGUAAACUUUGCAACAUACGAAGUGAAAAUAUGGAGUAACAACCCAGAAACUCCUGUAUUUCAUGGGGUUAAAUCUGGAGCAGUACUCAUGAAGCAAGGGCUGAGUCUGCCUUAUCUAACAUUUAAUUCUUACAGUAGUGUUGUUGUGCACAUUGAACAGAAAUUAUAA